AUGAGUAGUCCAAAUCUUUCAAAUGGGAUAAAUCUUGCAUUGGAUCCAAAUUUAUUAUCAUUACAUAAAAAUCCACCACAAUCAACAUCACCAACCAGCUUUACAGGAAGUCCCAUCACUAAUGAAUCCACAUCAGGCACUACUGUAGAGCAACCAAAUGUAGGCUCUUUAGUAAAUAAUCCAUAUGAACAGUAUGGUAAUAUGCCAUUACCACAAUUGGUUCCUUUAAUCCUACAACAGAAACAAAUGACUUUUGCACAAUUGUUAGAAUCACAGAUAGAAGAAGAGAUCACAGAUAUACCAUCUCCAGAUGUUGAACCAAUUGAUGUAAGGGAUGGAAUUCCAAAUAAUACUGACCAACACGAAGUAAAUGAAGAUGAAGAAGUAGAACAAUCAUCGUCAUCAUUAAUUCCUUCCACGGAACCAACUACAAACAAAAUUACAACAACAUCAACAGUUGAACCAACGGACUCUACAACAUUAGAAUCCAUCCGUUCAACAAUGGUCGAACAAAUCAAUACAGCUAUGAAUGAAUCCUCGUUAGCUUUAGAGACCGUAUCUUUACUCUUAUCGGCAGUACGAGAGAAUAAUGCCAAGAGUUCUCUAUCACCUUAUUUAAAGAGGACAAUCCCGAUGGGAUCAUUAAAUGGUGAUCGUGUUAAUAAUCCACCAGAUAUUGAGACUCAAUUACAAACUAUUCAAUUUGGUGUAGGUUGGAAAUUAAAAUCGUUAGAUGAAUCACGUACUAUAUUAAGAGAUACUGCAGAAUCCCUAUGGUCAAUCUUAGCUAAAGAACAUUCAUAUUGGAAGAUGAUCUCUGAAGUGGUCACCAAUAGUGAUGUUGUCUUCAAAGUCCGUGAACGUGGUAGUGCGCAACGAGUCCUUGGAAUCAAAUAUGGUUACGAAGAUAGUGGUUCCACCUACCGAUUAGAUCGUGGAGUAGCAUUAUUAAGAAAUAACGAAGAAUUAAAUAAAUUGGAACUGGUACCAUUUAGUGGAGAUUCAUCUAGACAAAGUAAUUCAUCAAGCUUACAUAAUAAAUCAAAAAGUGGUAAUACUGCGACGAGUGGUAGUAUAAAAAAUAUGAUAGGAGGAAUAAAUGCGACUCCAGCGGUGACAGUUCCAAUGAUUAAUCAUGUCGAGAAUGGAAUUAAUGAUGGAUCUCAUCAAUCAAUGAAAUAUUUCUUAAGGGUACGUAUAUUUACCAAGAUUGAAUAUGAGGAUGAUUAUAUUUUAAGUGGUGAAAGUAAUGUUGAUCCAAAAUUUUUCACAAUGGGUACCAUUCGUUCUCAAAUUCAUAAAUUUAAAGAUAUUAUAUUUGAAAAAGAAUUAAUGUAUCAAUUAAAGAAAGAAUGUAGUUCAUUAAUUUCAUAUGGUGUACGAAUUGAAAAUGAAAAUAAAAUUACAAUUGAAUUACCUCAAGAAAAAUUUGAAAUUGAAUUAGUUAGUGUUGCUGAAGAUGAAUGUGAAGGCGGUAGCUUAUCUAAUGGUGGUACCGCUACAAGAAUUAAUGAUAAACGUGCGAAUUUAAUAUUAAUAACUUUAAGAAUAUUAUUAGUUGUAGUAUUUAAAAAGAAUUUAAAACGUCGUUUAUUACCUGGUCAUUUAAAAUCGGUUAGUUCUCAUAUAUCUACAAACAAUAGUAGUAAAUCUACAGAUGGAUUAUUAUUAAUUAGACCAAUAUUAGGCACAUUACGUCAUCAAAAUUAUAAGACAUUAUUAUUACGAAUCAUUCGAGAAAAUGUAUUAGAUAUUAUUAAAGACAGUUCGAUUACAGUUACUAAGAAACGCGAUACUAGUUCGAAUCAAGCAAAUGAAGUCCGUGCACAGGAUGAACACAUUGAACAAUUAGAUCAAGAUAUUCAAUCCUUUAAUCAAUUAUUAAAGAUGCCAAUAACACAAUUAACAAUAGUUUUACCAAAAGAACAGAUUUUAAGAGUGACAUUACGUACCACAAAUUAUUGUAAUGCCGUAAUUCAUGUAAUAUAUGAGGAACAGAAAGACAAUGUAUUAUUUGAUACAACAUUUACAGAAUUUAAAGAAAUUGAAGAAUUUUUACAUUUCUUAAUUAAUGAAUACGUCAUACCAACAACACUAUAA